GAGCGCGGGCCCUUCCCGCCGGGGGAGGAAAGGAGGCGUGCGGUGCUCCAUGGACGUACCGAGAGGGGCUGGACAGGGGGGUCUGGAAAGGAGCAGCGGCCGCCACGAACCCUCCCACUGCAUAGGCCAGUAGCCAAGUGGGACCUUCCACAAGGGACACUAGGAAAUCCGCACGCUUGUCAGCCCUGGAUGUUAACGUUUCUGGGGCACUUCCUGUCCUAGUGGGUUUGUCCCAAUAUCCUUGGCCAAAAUCAGUUCUCCCUAUUAUAUUAGUAGCAUUAAAGUGGUGCCUAAGAACCCCGUUCAUGGACUAGUACCUAAGUGUGCUAGGUGCUGUACAGACACAUCAGAAAGAUGGCCACUGCCUCAAAGAGUUUGCAGUUCCGAAUAUUGAAUCAUGUUUGUUCCAAGGUCUCUUAAAGUCAAGAGGAAUGCUGAUGAUGACCUGAGCUGUACAGCAAAAAUAAAAAAGUUGUCUUCUGGAGAACCCUCAUUAGUGGAGGCCACAGACGUAAGAGAUGUUAAGCCAACUAUAAAAGAUGCUUCUGCUUCAGGAUGUAAUUUAUAUAAAGCAGUACAAGAAUGCACAGAGCUACGAACUUUUCCAGAUUCAGACUUCCCCUUUGCUGAUGAAUCUUUGGGAAGGGACAACCAAAAUGUUGAUGAAGACAGUUCCUCUGUGGAUGAACCCAUUAAAUCUUUCAGCAAAUCCCAGCGCUGGGCAGAACCUGGAGAACCUAUAUGUGUUGUUUGUGGUCGUUAUGGUGAAUAUAUUUGUGAUAAAACAGAUGAAGAUGUUUGUAGUUUGGAAUGUAAAGCCAAACAUCUUUUACAAGCCCAAGAAAAAGAAGGGUUAAACUCUGACAGUCUUGUGAAAGUAGAAUCAAAACCAGAAACUCUUUUGCCUGUCACCCUUUAUACCUAUAAAGAACAUUCCUUUAUUUUAAGCCUGCAAGAUGACCAGAUCAAGAACCUUAAAUUGCAGUUAGGUAUUGUUGUCCAGGGCGAAGGAGUUACAAGACCUAUUAUAGAGUUUGAACACUGUGGUUUUCCUGAAACUUUAAACUAUAAUUUAAAGAAUUCAGGCUAUGAAGUUCCAACCCCUAUCCAGAUGCAGAUGAUUCCUGUUGGACUUUUGGGAAGGGAUAUUGUGGCCAGUGCAGACACAGGCUCAGGAAAAACUGCAGCCUUCCUGCUUCCAGUUAUUAUUAAAGCCUUGGAAGAGACUAAAACUCCAUCUGCACUUAUUCUGACACCAACAAGAGAGUUAGCAAUUCAGAUAGAGAGACAAGCUAAAGAGCUGAUGAUUGGUCUGCCAAACAUGAGAACAGUUCUUCUUGUAGGAGGUUUACCACUGCCACCCCAACUUCAUCGUCUGAAACAAACUGUUAAGGUUAUAAUAGCAACACCUGGAAGACUCCUAGAUAUCUUAAAACAAAGCUCUGUUCAGCUCCAUGGUAUUAAAAUUGUAGUCGUGGAUGAAGCUGAUACCAUGUUAAAGAUGGGCUUCCAGCAACAAGUGCUGGAUAUUUUGGAAAACACCUCCAGUGAUCGUCAGACCAUAUUGGUUUCAGCCACAAUACCAGUUGGCAUUGAGCAGCUGGCAAAUCAACUUCUGCAGAAUCCUGUGAGAAUAACCAUUGGAGAAAAGAAUCUGCCAUGUUCCAGUGUUCGCCAGAUUAUCUUGUGGGUAGAAGAACCGUCUAAAAAGAAAAAACUAUUUGAAAUAUUAAAUGAUAAGAAACUCUUCAAACCUCCAGUGUUGGUAUUUGUGGACUGCAAGCUAGGAGCAGAUCUUCUGAGUGAUGCUGUUCAUAAAAUCACAGGACUACAAUGCAUAUCCAUGCAUUCUGAUAAAUCACAAACUGAAAGAACAAAUAUAUUGCAGGGAUUAUUUCAGGAAAAAUAUGAAGUCGUAGUAAGCACUGGAGUCCUUGGGCGAGGACUUGACCUUGUCAGUGUCAAACUGGUAGUAAAUUUUGAUAUGCCCUCAAGCAUGGACGAAUAUGUACAUCAGGUUGGAAGAGCAGGAAGGCUGGGUCACAGUGGAACUGCAAUUACUUUUAUCAAUAACAACAGCAAGAAGCUUUUUUGGGAUGUUGUAAAGAGAGUAAAACCAACAGGCACAAUUCUUCCUCCACAGUUGCUAAACUCCCCUUAUCUUCAUGACCAAAAGAGAAAGGAACAACAGAAAGUUAAACAAUCACAGAAUAGUCUUGUAACAGGUGAUAAUCUUAUGGACAUUAUUAGAAAACAUGACAAAAGUAAUACUCAAAAGUAAUUAAUGGUAUUAUCUGUAUAAAUGUGUAAAUAUAAUGAAAGCACUGUAUUUCAGUAGUAAUUAAACGUGAAUUUAUAUCAUUG